AUGGCCCCCAAACCCGCCUCCACCGCUGGCAAAGCCCCAGCUUCUACCGCCUCCAAGGCCCCUGCCAAAUCCACUGAGGGUGCAAAGGCAGCCAAGAAGACCUCCAAGGCCGCAGCGCCUGCUGAUGGCGACAAGAAGAAGAGAAAGAAGAUCAGAAAGGAGACUUACUCCUCUUACAUCUACAAGGUGCUCAAGCAGGUCCACCCUGAUACUGGUAUCUCGAACAAGGCCAUGGCCAUUCUUAACUCGUUCGUCAACGAUAUCUUCGAGCGCAUUGCCACCGAGGCUUCCAAGCUCGCUGCUUACUCCAAGAAGUCCACCAUCUCCUCUCGUGAAAUCCAGACAUCCGUCCGCCUCAUCCUGCCUGGUGAACUUGCCAAGCACGCUAUCUCUGAGGGUACCAAGUCUGUGACAAAAUUCUCAUCUGCUGGUGCCAAAUAG